AUUCUCUAAUUUUCCAUCCUCAAAACCAGCUAUUCUGGUUGAAUCAGACUUGAAACCGUUACAUCUACAGAGACCGGACUGACUGCGCCAAAAUGGGGUACGGACGGUCGGACAGCUACCGCGUGGCAACCACGCAGGAUAAGGAUGAAAAGGAGUCCCCCAAGAAGAAGGCAGCCAAGGAUAUGGAUGACCUGAAGAAGGAAGUCCCCUUGACGGAACACAAGAUGUCAGUUGAGGAAGUGUGCAGGAAGUUUGCAACUGACAUCGUCCAAGGCUUGACCAAUGCUAAGGCUGCAGAGUAUCUGGCUCGCGACGGGCCCAACGCCCUGACCCCGCCCCCCACCACCCCGGAAUGGGUGAAGUUUUGCCGCCAGCUCUUCGGAGGGUUCUCCAUCCUGCUGUGGACCGGCGCUAUCCUCUGCUUCCUGGCCUACGCCAUCCAGGCUGCCACGGAGGACGAGCCUGCAGGAGACAAUUUGUACCUGGGUAUCGUGCUGUCCGCUGUGGUCAUCAUCACUGGCUGCUUCUCCUACUUCCAGGAAGCUAAGAGCUCCAAGAUCAUGGAGUCCUUCAAGAAUAUGGUGCCUCAGCAAGCCCUGGUGAUCCGCGAGGGAGAGAAGAUGCAGAUCAACGCUGAGGAGGUGGUGGCUGGAGACCUGGUGGAGGUAAAGGGCGGAGACCGGAUCCCUGCUGACCUCAGGAUCACCUCCUCCCAUGGCUGCAAGGUCGACAACUCCUCUCUGACUGGUGAAUCAGAGCCCCAGACCCGGUCACCUGACUGUACCCAUGACAACCCCCUGGAGACCCGCAACAUCGCUUUCUUCUCCACCAAUUGUGUUGAAGGCACGGCACGUGGCAUCGUGGUGUGCACCGGCGAUCGCACCGUCAUGGGCCGCAUCGCCACCCUGACCUCCGGCCUGGAGUCGGGCAAGACGCCCAUCGCCAAGGAGAUCGAGCACUUCAUCCACCUGAUCACGGGCGUGGCCGUGUUCCUGGGCUUGUCGUUCUUCGUCCUGUCCAUCGUCCUCGGAUACUCCUGGCUGGAGGCCGUCAUCUUCCUCAUCGGCAUCAUCGUCGCCAACGUGCCCGAGGGGCUGCUGGCUACCGUCACUGUGUGUCUGACCCUGACCGCCAAACGCAUGGCUCGUAAGAACUGCCUGGUGAAGAACCUGGAAGCAGUGGAGACCCUGGGCUCCACCUCCACCAUCUGCUCCGACAAGACGGGCACCCUGACCCAGAACAGGAUGACCGUGGCCCACAUGUGGUUCGACAACCAGAUCCACGAGGCCGACACUACAGAGGACCAGUCAGGGGCCUCCUUCGACAAGAGCUCCGUGACGUGGGCGUCGCUGGCGCGCGUGGCGUCCCUGUGCAACCGCGCCGUGUUCAAGGCGGCUCAGGACCAGCUGCCCAUCCUCAAGCGGGACGUGGCGGGCGACGCCUCCGAGUCGGCCCUGCUCAAGUGCAUCGAGCUGUCCUGCGGCUCCGUCAAGGCCAUGAGGGAGAAGAACAAGAAGGUGGCCGAGAUCCCCUUCAACUCCACCAACAAGUACCAGCUGUCUGUGCACGAGACGGAGGACGAGAACGACAACCGCUACCUGCUGGUGAUGAAGGGCGCCCCAGAGAGGAUCCUGGACCGCUGCUCCACCAUCAUGAUCCAGGGCAAGGAGCAGCCCAUGGACGAGGAGCUGAAGGAGGCCUUCCAGAACGCCUACAUGGAGCUGGGGGGACUGGGAGAGCGAGUGCUGGGUUUCUGCCACCUGCUCAUGCCAGAGGAACAGUUCCCCAAGGGCUUUGCCUUCGACUGCGACGACGUCAACUUCCAGACGGACAACCUGUGCUUCGUGGGCCUCAUGUCCAUGAUCGACCCGCCCCGUGCUGCCGUGCCCGACGCUGUCGGCAAAUGCCGCUCCGCUGGCAUCAAGGUCAUCAUGGUUACCGGGGAUCACCCAAUCACAGCCAAGGCCAUCGCCAAGGGUGUGGGCAUCAUCUCCGAGGGCAACGAGACAGUGGAGGACAUCGCUGCCCGCCUCAACAUCCCCGUCAGCCAGGUCAACCCCAGGGAUGCCAAGGCGUGUGUGAUCCAUGGUACAGACCUGAAGGAACUGAGCCAGGACCAGAUGGACGACAUCCUGAGGAACCACACUGAGAUCGUGUUCGCCAGGACCUCCCCCCAGCAGAAACUCAUCAUCGUGGAGGGCUGUCAGAGACAGGGUGCCAUUGUAGCCGUGACAGGCGACGGCGUGAACGAUUCUCCCGCCUUAAAGAAGGCCGACAUUGGCGUCGCCAUGGGGAUAUCCGGCUCAGACGUGUCCAAGCAGGCAGCUGACAUGAUCCUGCUGGAUGACAACUUUGCCUCCAUUGUGACUGGAGUAGAGGAGGGACGUCUGAUCUUUGACAACCUAAAGAAGUCCAUCGCCUACACCCUGACCAGCAACAUCCCAGAGAUCACCCCCUUCCUCUUCUUCAUCCUGGUCAACAUCCCCCUGCCCCUGGGCACCAUCACCAUCCUGUGCAUCGACCUGGGAACAGACAUGGUGCCAGCCAUCUCCCUGGCGUACGAGGCAGCAGAGAGUGACAUCAUGAAGCGCCAGCCCAGGAACCCUGCCAGGGACAAGCUGGUGAACGAGAGGCUCAUCAGCAUCGCCUACGGACAGAUCGGUAUGAUUCAGGCACUGGGAGGCUUCUUUUCAUACUUUGUGAUCCUGGCUGAGAAUGGCUUCCUGCCCUCUAUAUUGGUGGGCAUCAGGCUCAACUGGGACGACCGCUCCAACAAUGACCUGGAGGACAGCUACGGACAGCAAUGGACCUAUGAGCAGAGGAAGAUUGUGGAGUUCACCUGUCACACAGCCUUCUUCGUCAGCAUCGUGGUGGUGCAGUGGGCGGAUGUCAUCAUCUGCAAGACAAGGAGGAACUCUGUGUUCCAGCAGGGCAUGAAGAAUAAGAUCUUGAUCUUUGGCCUGUUUGAGGAGACAGCCCUGGCUGCCUUCUUGUCCUAUACCCCUGGCAUGGAUGUGGCACUCAGGAUGUACCCCCUCAAGCCAAGUUGGUGGUUCUGUGCGUUCCCAUACAGUUUCCUCAUCUUUGUUUAUGAUGAGAUUCGAAAACUCCUCCUACGCCGGAACCCCGGAGGAUGGGUGGAAAAGGAGACAUACUAUUAAAUGAUCAAACCAUUCUUUACUUCACCCCCCUCCCCCCCCCCUCUCCUCCCCAUCCUCCCCCUCCUCCCCUUUUCUCUCAAUCCUACACCAGUCAUCCAUUCCGUAAUCACAUCCGAGAAAACACUUUUGCAUACUCUUCCUCCUUACCCCCCCAUUCUUCCCUGCCAAACUGCCACGAGGACGAGAGGACCAAUGACAGAGGAGAGGACGGACUGUC